UAUAGAAUUUUUUAGAGCCUCUUUUAAAUAUUGUUUUAUCACUUUAGUCGAAUGUAAACAAAAAAUAGAGACUUUUAUAAUAAACAUCAUUCAUAGUAGGCUAAUCUCCCCUUGUUCUCUUGUUUAAAAAUAGUCAGAGAAAGAAAAGAAAAGAAAUAGAAAGCGAUAGCCCAAUAUCAAUUCUGCAGUUCUGAUUAGUACACAAUAUGUUUAUUAAAAUAUUUAUGAAAAAAUUAUGAAAACACAUGCACAAAAGUUGCAAUUAUAUAGUGGACAUAGAGUUUGGGGCUAGUUUUUCUAACAAUGCAACAACCUACAUACUGUUACAAAUGACCAGUGACAGGAAGAGGUUAACUUGUGACCCCGACGAGAUAACACAGCAGCGGGUGUUCCCUUGAAUGUACAUGUAUAAACAGAGACAGGAUGUGACGUGUCCUCACGUGUUGUUCCAGGGGACAAACAGAUCUAAGUAGGGGGACAGUUACAAAUGAACAGUGACAGAUAGAGGUCACUACGUGUGACCCCGACUUGAUGACACUGCAGCCGAUAUUCUACAUGUAUAAACAAAGACAGGAUGUGACGUUUCCUCACGUGUUAUUCCAGAGGAUACUAGCCGUGUUUGUGCAACUUUGGACAAGCGAUUAGGGACUCUAUAUAAGCCAGAGAGUUAAUGUGAAAGUCAGUUGUAUGGAGUCGUGAGUGAGCCGUUACAGUCGAUACAGUCGAUGUAAGACGUGCGCGGCUCUGUGGAAGAGAAAUGUGUACGACUCGAUGCAAGUUAACUAGGGUUAGAGUUAACUGGAGUGGACUACUGUCGUUAAAGUCUAUACAGCGAACUACAGUGGACUUGAGCCGUUACAGUCGAUACAGUCGAUGUAAGACGUGUGCGGCUCUGAUUCGGUAGACUUGAGUGCGACUUGGUUCAGCUUUAGGAGACCUGGAGCGACACUGGGAAGUGUGUCGUUGGUCGGUUCUGUGGAAUACGGCUCGAUGCAAGUUGACAAGAGAUGAAUUGCAACGAAGUAAAGAGAUGAAUUGCAACGAAGUAUAACUAACUGUAAACUAACAGAUAUUGUACAGUCUUCUACGCUACAUGUUACAUUGACGAAUUGUUAGGGUUAAUAGUCAUUAAAGUUAUAUGAAACUGAAAGUUGAGUCGUCAAGUUCUUUGCAGUGUUUUUAUUUGUGUGCCAACUAAUACAUCUAGCCAGAAGAUUCAGAAAUACGUAACAGUACGAACAUUGGUUUAUGUCUACUAUACCUGAUUCAAACUAUUUAAGCUUCUAUGUUAAUUUUACUUCACCCCCCGCCACACACAAUCAAAAAGUACAUAUAAAGUACAAUAAAUAUGGUCUUUAAAAUACCAUUAAACUUUGAAUUAUGUUGACAUUGUUUAUAGAUAUACUUCGCAAUGUUACCGUAAUUAACGGACUUUAUACAUUUAAAAAUUCUUCGGAAUUUGUUUUAUUUGCUAACUAUUUUUAUUUGCGUGGUGUUAAUAUAAAUCUAGAUUUUGUACAACUAUCAAAAAUAUUCAAUAUAGAUGAUUGUUAUAGGAAAUAUCCAAAUGAAUUUUAGAAAGUAGUGUAAUAAUUACUAGCGAAUGUCACCGAAAAGUAGAAUCCGAGAUUUUCAAAUACGAUCAGUUUUAAAAGCAUGCUCCUUAUCACGACGUAGGAACACAAUUGACCGACUUUUGUCCCACAGAAUGGAAGAAUGUGACCCGGCUAUAUAACAAGGUAAAUAUUUGUUUCCUCUUUUAGUUUUUCUUCAUUAAGUUAAACAGUAAUUGUUUUAAAGUUAAAUAAUAAUUUAAAAAAAACAUAUUCAUCAAUCAAAAAUAUAACAAGGGCCAAAAUAAAUGAGGGGUUCGUGGCAGUAGAAAAACACACACAACCUACAUGGAGAUAGAUGGUUGGAUAGUUGGAUAAAAGCCUGACCAUCACAGGGAAACUUUCCAGUUUUCUUUAGAGAAAAUGUAAAGAGCACAGUGUCUAUUUAUAUUUGGAUACAAAAUGUAUUGAAAUAAAAGAAAGUACAAAAUAAUUAUGAUCUAUUAACUAGACACACAUUUUUAAAAUAAUCUUAACAUAGUAUUAGAAGUAUUUACUAAAAUGCUUGAGUCGGAUAUAGAUGUUCAUUUAAACAAACAUUAAUCAUGGAAAAAAUUAUAACAAUAUUUGAGAUUUGCUAGGAAUUAAAUGUUCUUAAACCAUACAAAAAGUUGACCAGAUGUCUACAGAAUUGUCAAGUCAAUGCUAACAAUCAUCUAUUCAGCGGCGGACUAGAGAGUACAAGGAAGUGUCGGCUUGAGUGUUGUUGCCUGUGGCCCUAGAAGUACGUAAUUCUUUGCGCUUGUGUUAGCGAUGGGUAGAGUUGCUGCCCAUUCAAUAAGGGUAAGUAGUUGAUUAUUUUUCACAUGUCUGACAGGUACAAAUUUUGUACACCUUAUUAUUCUUAUUUUCGGAUCAAGCUGAAACUUGACAAAAUGAUAAAUAGUCCCUAGCGAAACAUGAAACAAUGGAAAUAAAUCUCACAUUAGGUAUGGCUGUAACGAUUCUUUCCAUUAUAAAAACUUUUCUUUUGCUAGGUAUUUUUUUUUUAAUUUUGCUUAUUUUCUUGUCUCGUUUGUCGUAUUAGACAAAAUCAGCUGUCCAAACAAGCUACGGAAGAUAGUGUCAGGUUUUCAUGAAAAAAUGCGGAGCACUGUAUAGUUUGACACUUCCGCCUCUAGUCCAUUUUCCAUCAAGAGCGGGGUAAAACAACACUAUUUUGCAACUUCUUUUCUCUCGAACUAACCAGCGCUUUUAAAUCCCUGGAAAACGGACUAUAAUUCCACAGUGGUGACGCGACAAACUAGCACGGACAAAAUAGCGCGAAAUUUCCUGACAUAAUGUGCAUCACUUUGAGGGAACAUGUCUCUAAUAAAGGACGUUUUUAAAUUGGCCAGAUAUGCACAGCAUCUAUGCUAUUUUGACUCAGAGAAGACCCCUCUGUCGCCACCAUGUCACCCGAACGUCAUAUAGUAGAAUCCCUAAAGAUAUCUGUUAUGCUGAGCUUGUGGAAAACCCAAGGGCCGUCUAAGACUAACCUAUAGAGAUGUUAGCGAGCGAGACAUGAGAACCACAGGCAUCAACAGAAGCAUGUAGGAGGAUAUAGCCCAGGACCGGAGUGCAUGAAGACAGACUGUACGUGCUGGUACGAUCCUCGCCGAGAGAAAACGAAACGGAGCUGCCGUAGUCAAGGGAAAGAAAAAGAAAGUUGCCUUUGUCACGAGUCGAGUCUGUGACCUAUUUCGACCAGUUUCUGGAAGCCCGAGGUCAAACCAGUGCUGUCCAGCGCAAACAAGUUAAUUUUAGAUAUCCAAUCAAAGAAAUAGGUUGAGGGGAAACAAAUAGCAUACUUCAGCUUCUAGAAGGUCAAAGUCACGAAAAUAAUUAUUUGAAAAGUUUUCAUGAAUCUGGAAUGUACGAUUAAGAAAAUAUAAAUUAGGGAAAAGCGAGUUAUUCGGGGUCCUCGCUUAGAAUGGUUUGAUAGAGUAGUGGGUCCUCGCAUAGUAGUGGUUCUUGUAGAGCGAUGGUCCUCGCUUAGUCCUCGUUUAGUAAUGGUUUGAUAGAGUUAUAAGUUUUGUAAUAUUAGCGGUUCCAUUAAUUAGAGUUUUAUUAGUUGAAGUUGAAGUGAUAUUUGUUGAAGUUACAAGAGUUGAAGUUUUAUAAGUGAAGUUUUUUGUAUGUCUCCAAGAUUUGAAUUGAGAAGUUAUUUGUAUAAGAAAGUUGGAGACGUGUUAUUAAAGAAGUUUCGAGAAAAUACAAAAGAUGUUUCUUUCUUCAUUUCAUAUGAAUUUAUCAACUUAUUAAUACAAUCUUCGGCCUGUUCGUCACAGCCUUAUCACCUAGCCAUUAAACAGAUGCACACACAUUCACAUGUUCUACGUCAAAAUGAAUUACGCACACCAAGAGUUGCGAUAACAUGGAAGCCAAAACGAGGAAAGCGCAAACAGGGACGUCCUCGUACUACCUGGCGACACACCUUCAUGGAGGACCUCAGAACAGUGGACACCAGAUGGGAGGAGGCUUCAGACAUUGCCAGUGACAGAUCAUUAUGAAGACAGCUUGCCGCCCAAUGCGCCGAACGACGCGGGAGGACCUAAGUCUAAGUCUAAGUGUACUUCUGACUUCUAUACGGCGGUGGUUGUACGUGUGUGUCACUUACAUCCCAUUCUAAAACGUUCUGUACGCUUGUAGAGCAGGUUCGUCUACUAUGACUCAUAUAAACAGAUACUUAGUCUGAAAUAACGUCAAAAACUUAUUAGAGCGAAACGAAAUCUGUGAUUAAGUUUUUCCUUUAACCUUAGACUUUCUGUUCUCAUAAAACUCACUAGGGUUUCUUUUUCUUUUCCCUGUCAUUUGUUUUAGCGUUAACUGCAGCCGUAUUUAAUAGAUCUUUACGACAAGCACUUAAUGAGAGCGGGUUUUUUUUUUGCCUGUGCUUGGGAAAAACCAGCAAUUUAGUUUUCCCUGUUUUAUACAUUUGCUUAAAUUUUGAUUUUGUAAAACGUGCAAUCGAACCGCUAUCUAUUCCACAUUAAUGCAUUUUUGUUUCUUCGUCGUCAAAUUUAUUUAACUCAAAAAAAAAAAAAAAAAGCAAAUGAAAUUUGUGAUUGGUACAAAUACGUUGAAUUCGCGCCCCUUCUUUAGUUUCCAAUAGGGGGAAAAAACAUGUAGUAUUAAAAGGCAACUAGAUUUAAAUUGUGCAUAGUUUAAUUUAUGAUUGCAUUUCUGUAGGUUAAAAUACACAUAUCUGUAGAUGAUGAAUCUAGACCUUGUAUAGUUAUUAACAUCCUUUUUUUUUAAAGUUGUAUUUUGAGUACUCUUAUUCUUAAAUACUUAAUUAUAAAAAUGAGUUUCAAUUAUGUGCCUGAAACCAAACUGAUCAUGAAAAUUCUGCUUAUCUCAUGGAUAGGUUUGAACUAUGUGCUUAGUAAGUAAACUAUUACUUAAUACCCAUAACUAUAUAUUUUAAGGAUAUACAUGUAUUAUACCAAAAUAUUUAACCUAUAAUAGAUUCGUCUUAAUUAGAAAAAAGGUUUUAACAAAAAGAGGUUAUGGAAAUGAAUGUUUUGUAACAGUGUAUGAUUACUGUACAGAGACAUCGUCUCAACAUUUUUAAUGAAGAAAUGACAUUAGAAAGUAGGUAGAGCUUCAUAAAUGACUACCUGACAUGAUCCAGUGCACUCCCAGAGAGGCAUAAGCCGCAACCACACCUCUCCAUUGAGCUCGGUUCCAAGCAUUUUUCUUAAUCUGCUAUGGCACGAUUAGGAAUUAAUUAUUUGUUUCGGAACUAGGGGGAAGUUUUGACUUAGAGACAAUGACGUGACUAGUGAAAACAAGACUAGGUUUUAGGCAGAGAGAAAUAUCAGCUGAUGUAAACAGACUUCUGUAAAACGCCAUAGAGAUAGGAAGCUUGUUUUGAACGUAGAAAUCUGACAUUCGACGGUUCCCUUCAUCGCUAUUAAACUUCUUGUUCAGUAUCAGCGUCGACUAACUUAUGUUGAUUUGUUUAGCCUUUGUUUCAGCCGGUGUUAUUGGAUUUCUUUGAGCGUUACCUCCCUUUUGAUUUAUCUGUAUUAGAGACCUCGGAAGCGCCUAACAGCUCCCAUGUCAUUCCAGUAUCCUCAGCUUCACUAAUGACUGACCUCUUCCAAGUUUGCUUGGAUCUGCCCACUUACCUCUUUCCUUGCUGAUUUCAAUCAGGUACCUGUCUUGCAACAUUGGUAUUUGGUAUUCACAGGGUGUGUCCUGUCCAGCUCUCUAAAUAGUUUAUGACUAUUGUCAACAUAAAAAUCUAUUCGCUAGCAUGUUCGUAAUACAAAACCAGAAGAAAGAAAACAAAGUAAACAAAAUGCAGACUCCGAGACCCUUAGGAUGGCACGAAUAAAAGAAGCAUGGCAGAAACUGGUUUUCAAGUCUUAAGUGAAGUCGUCCAACAGAAACAAAAAUAAUUCUACAUAGGUCUUAAUACAUGUCUGACUUCUAUGGACACAUCGUACGUAGUACAAGACGUAGACACAAGUGUAAAAGUAACAUUUUGUUUUGUUGAUCUUCAAUUGAACGACACAGAAGUCUUAAUACAACGGAAUAAUGCUGCGCUCAGUGCUGCUGCGGACAAAGUGAAUUUUCAUUGGGAACAAGAUAGUCAUGGACGUUUUUAUUUGAAGAUUUAUAUAUUUGAUAUCACAGAAUCGGACAUAACUGAAUGGACACUCCUUUUAUACGGCACUUCUUCCCGAAUGAACUAUUAUGAAAAGAGUUUCGUGCUACUUAAAGAUGCACCAGUUCAAUUUUAUGCCUCUCAACAACAUGACCACAAUGAAUGGGAAGUAGAGUUUGUCUGUUCAAGUUCAGGCUUCCCUAAGAAAAUACAAAUCAUUAACAGAUGUGAAGAGACAAUAGUUUUGGAAAAGACAUUUAAUCCCAAAAACUACAAAAGAACUCUUGAGUUAAAAUACGCCAAAAAUAAUAUCAAGUAUUUUCAUUCAAUACCAACUAUAGGAUCUUAUGAAUGCAGAAUAUUUUAUUUUCAAAACGAAAUAGCAUCAACAUUUCUGGAUAUACACUUCGACAAAGUAAUAGCAGCACACAUUUGUGAGGUCGAAAACAAAAUAAUCAAAGCCAAUAUCUAUGAAACAGUUUCUACUCGUUUUAAAGUGUUAGCGUACCCAGAGGUUGCAUCUGUUGUUGUAACCAAAUCUACCAAUCACAUUAAAGACACGAAUUGGAGAGUGGAAUUUACAAACUUGUCUGAAGUACUUUGGUCUGUUGAACUGAAUAAAGACAUCAUACAAGAAGAAGACUUUGGCAACUACAUAGUCAGUAUUACAUCUUACUUAGGCCUUUCGACUAAUACGAGUUUUAUCAUUAGUUUAAGAGGUGUGACUCUGCCUUCGUGUGAGGCAGUUAACAGGGAGACAACUUUGUUGACAAGAAUUGGAGAAACUGUUAUAUUACAUUUCUGUGUCGUAUCACAAGGUUUAGUUCUGAAAGAAAAUAUAGUCUUUAACAUGAGGACAAUUAAUGAUUAUAACUUUGUUAAAAACUCUUUGGAAGUAGAGCUGGAUGAAAAUGAACAUAACAUAACGUGGACUUUGAGAAAUAUCUCCAGAGAUGACAUCAAGUUUUAUCUGUUCAGAAUUAGGGAUCAUUUCAAACGAACAGCGACAUUCACAAUUAACUUACGGUUAAAAGAUGGAUCACCAUAUGUUUGUGACAACAUUGAACCCAAAGUUGAAAUUCACACAGCAGGAAAACUAGCUAUUAGUCUUUGUAUUCGAUCUUAUCCAGCAUUAAGUCGGGAUAUUUUAAUUAAUAGUAUUUUAUACAGAAUCAACACAACAUCCAAUGACGUGAUGGUAAAGUCUAGUCUUGACGAAGAAACAUUUUCUAAUUAUUUGACACUAAAUAUUCCACGUCGAGACAGUCUGAAGAGAGUAAACAUAACAGUCAAGUCUGUCGAGAAUCAGACGUUUUCAGUUUCUUUAAACGUCAGAGAGAAUAACGAUAUUGAAACAAAAGCAAUGAUGACAAUAACAUCAACACCAAAGACUACGACAGCAUCUGUACAAGAUUUGACUACUAAAGAAGAAUAUGUGACACCUCUUCAGUCUGAUAAUGUUAAAUGCAUCCUGCUAGUUGUAUUUUUUGUCGUCAUACUGCUUUUGUCAAUAGUGAUUAUUUAUUUUAGCUGUUUCAGAAAGACCGAAAACACAAAAAUGUUGAGGGACGUAUCAUUGUAUGUAAAUGAAGAUUGGUAUACACCACCUACCGAAUAUCUUCCAACAAGUAACAACAAAGAGAGAGUAAAUCUCAUAGAAGACUUUUCUACAAUCCAUGAACGCUACAAUCUAAAUCAAACACCAGUAUAGUCAUAACUUGCUAUUCACCACUUAUUGAUUAUCAUCCAACAAGUGACAUUAUAUAGGGAAUGAUUAAGAUAGGCUGCUAUUAAAAUGUGUUAUAAAAAUCGUAUAGAAAGUUCCAUAAAGUGGAUUACAUUCAGCACUAGUAGAUAGGGCGUAUGCUCUUUUGUGUUGGCGAGUUAUCUUUUCAGCAGGACCGUAUUAUUACUAUUUAAUUACUAUAGUUUCUUCAUUAUACUCAUAUUUUUAUUAACAAUUUUUUUCUCUUAAAAUUAGAAUUGUAAAAGCUCAUGCAUGGGCGUAGCCAAUAGGUUUUUUCUAGGCUCAGCCCCUCCCCUCGCCCUAAAUAAAAUCCCCCGGUGAGGUGCGCAAAUAAAAGAAAACGGGAAAAAAGACCCCCCUCCCUGUUCAAAACUCUACACAAAAAAAAAACAACACAAUCCACCCUAGGACACAUCAUCCAAUUAAAAACACUUAUGAAACACAUUAUCCGACAUACAACACAUUUUCUAACUUAUAGCAAAGGAAGUGAAAUCAUACGAUUCACUACAAACCAUUCAAUUUACUAUACAUCAUUCAACUUACAACGCAUCAUUCAAAUUACAACAUUCAUCAGAUUUACAACACAUCAUCAAACUUACAAUAAAUCAUUCAAUUUACAACACAUCAUCCAAUUUACAACACAUCAUCCAUUUUACAACACAUCAUCUAACUUAAAACACAUCAUUUAACAUUAUUUCUCCGACACCUAAUCACAGAUCAAGCUGAAGUUUUGCAUAAUUAUUUCUUUAACCUGACAAAACAACAAUCAAUCAAUUUUUAAAAAUAAUCAAUUAGUUCAUUAUCUAUUUGGGAGUUGUUGUUGUUUUUUUUCUUGUGUUUUUUUUUAUAUCUCAAACAAGUUAAAAGAAAUUUUACUUUACUGAAGUGGUGGUGUAAACCUUUUAUAGAUCGCCGCUUUAAAGUAAGUUUGAAACAAUAUAUAACUUCUAUUGUCAUAAGCACUUCACUAGCAGAGUGGUUAGUAUGUUGAGUUGAGGAUGCUUGAGCCAUGAUUUGAAAUUUAGGUCGUUUCCUUUCCUUUUUUUAAAUAAAUGCUUUAAAAAAAAAGAGUGCUUACGGUAAAAUUUACACAGAUGUCCAUUGAUAGGAAUAGGAUCAUAGCGUAUUGAGAAAGUUGAAAGAAUAGAAUAGUGCUACAAAAAAGAAUUGGUGAAAUAAUUUUUGAUCGCACAGAUCUAUUUAUGUAGGUCUAGAUCUAUUACAAAUUUUAUUGCAUGACUUAUCCAAACUAAUUGAUACAAUUACUUUAAAUAUAAAAUGUGUUGUUUUUUUCUAUAUCCACUUUUGAUUAACAGUUUGUCAUUGUUAGUCUAAUCCAGUGGUUCCCAAACUUUUUUGUCUCUUAGACCCUUUGCCAUGUUUUCUGGUUUUUUGUAGACCCCUGUUUAACUUGUAUUGCUUUUUUGCAAAUACAUCAACAUUUUUAAAAAUUAUUUUCUAACUCUUGUGAGUUGAAGAGUAAAAAUUAAUUUAAAGCUACAUAUUGUUACGUAUUU